AUGCUUGAUGGAAUAAAGGCUCGUGUAGAUGGCCAAGAAGUGUUUUUAGAGAUAGAUGGUUUGAAAAUCAGAAUCAAGAGGCCUACAGAAUGUAAACACAGUGAGUGCCUGCAUGGCCAUGGAAAUGCUGAUGGCGCAAUAAAUGAAGAAGCGCAUAAAGAUUUUACAAGUAAAUGCUGCACAGCCAAAGAAAUUGCUUUCAAAGACAUAAUGUUAACAGAAAUCCGCUCUUUACAUGUGAAAAACUCUGAUGGAUUUUUCUUGAGACUUAACUUAUGUGAAGAUGCAGUUGUGAUUGGAUUCGAUACACACCACCUUAGAGACAUGGCAAAAUCAAUCAUAUUGUCGUUCAUGAAGACAGAGCAGGAGAUUAUCAAAAAGGCGCUUGAUUCUGAUGUGGAUGCAAAGGCUAUAUACAGCAAUAUUAAGCAGCAUGUCUCUCUGUCGAAGUUCUGGGCAAUCAAUAAGGACAGGAUGAAGCAGAUAGUAGGGAUAACCAGGCAGCAGCCAUCAAUUGAAAUUGAUUUUAUGCAGGAUGAAACGCAGCAAAUAACAUCUCCAGCACUUCUAAAGAUAUUUGGGCAGAUGAACUGUUCAAUGAACCAAUUCCAGAACCUUCUAAAACAGUCAUACUUCUUCAGCACCAAGAACCAAAAAAACAGCUUAGAUCGGCUGAUCAGCUCAUCAAUUAGAGAGUACGAAACAAAACAAGACUUUGCAUCAAGAAUUAACAGCCAUUCGGCUCUUGCACUAAGGCCUGCUGAGUACACAGACAUCUCUCCAAGUACAAAAGAAGGAAAGAAAGUGGAGUUUUUACCCGUGUAUCCGUUUGAGGAGAUAAGGGAAAAAAGACCAAGAAGACAGUUCGAGUUUAAAUCUGCUCCUCUGAAAUGUGACGUACAACUUGAAAUCAUGCCCAUGAUUGAAAAGAUUAAUUUUGAUAAAAAAGACCUGAUAUGGAUAAGAGACUUAUCGAGAGUUGUGUACAAGGCAACAAAAGAGGGAAAUAAUGAGUUCCUCACAGAAGCGCAAAUACUUACAAAACAUUUUCUAGAAAACAUGACGAAUAAAUACGGAAGUGAUGCAGUUGUGUAUGUGAGGAGAAUUCUUCCAACAUACUUUAUGACAAGCGAGUAG